UAUCGUAUCUUUUUAUUUGAUAUAUUUAGAGAUGUUUCUAGGCAUAUUAGUUCAAUAUACUUUAUGGUUUUUUUUUUAAAGACAAAGAACAAAAAGCUACUAUUAGGCAAUUAAGGAAAUUAAUCAUUUGAAGAAUCGAUGUUGAAAUUACAUCAUACUUAUAGCAAAAAAAGAAUAACUUCUUGCCGUGUAGAAAGAAAUGGCCAUUUGUUUGGGAGUCCAGAGUGCUAUAAAAAGCGCAGAAUCUUUUGUCCGCGCCCAGUAUUUGCAUAAAUCAUGCUCGCAUUGUUAUGGAUCUUGGCCUUUUGCCAACUUCUGUGGAGUUGGCCUGCUGAGAGUGCUGCCAUUGAUGGACCAAAGCAUCAGAUCUUCAAGCAAGAAAUCGAUGGCUCCUAUUUCUUCUUGUACGAGUCGCCUGAUGGCAGUUAUCGCGAAGAGGUCGGAAUAGUCAAGGACCCGCAACUGAAGCAAUUGGAUGGUGAUCUGGAGGUGUCCGGCGUAUACCGCUAUAUCGACAGCCAAAGUGGCAAAAAGGUGGAAGUCAGCUAUUCGGCAGACGGCGACAACGGUUUCUUGUCUCGAGUGAAGUAUAAUGUAGAAGCCAGUUGAGCCGAUUGGCCGGGGGGAAGCUAAAAAUAAAUAUCUAUAGAGCCAUUAGCUUUGAUGGGGCACACAUUCCUGCCAAAUGCUAGCCAGACAAUUACCAAAGCCGACCGCCAAUCCAGGUUUCGAAAACGGACCAGUUGAGAGCUCAGUUUUGGAGCCAAGGAGCGGCACACAGAGAGAAAUUGUAAUAGAUACAAUGGAGAUAUAAAAAUUAUACUUAAAUUUUCAAGAAAUAUAUAGA